GAGGCCAGGGGGCGGGGCCUGUGCCCGCGCAGCUCACUCCGCGGUCCCCUUAUUUGGAUCUGCGGGAAUGUGGGCUGGAGCGGUCCUGCCGCGGUACCAGCCUCCAGCCUGACCCGGGACUCCCGCGACCCAAGCGCGCGCGCUUCUCUGUGCCCAGAGGGCCGGUGGAGCGUCAUGGCCUGCAUCCUGAAGAGAAAGUCUGUGAUUGCAGUGAGCUUCAUAGCAGCGUUCCUCUUCCUGCUGGUUGUACGCCUUGUAAACGAAGUGAAUUUCCCAUUGCUACUAAACUGCUUUGGACAACCUGGUACAAAAUGGAUACCAUUCUCCUAUACACACAGACGGCCCCUUCGAACUCACUAUGGAUACAUAAAUGUGAGGACGCAAGAGCCUUUGCAGCUGGACUGUGACCUUUGUGCCAUAGUGUCAAACUCGGGUCAGAUGGUUGGCCAGAAGGUUGGGAACGAGAUAGAUCAGUCCUCCUGCAUUUGGAGAAUGAACAAUGCCCCUACCAAGGGAUACGAAGAAGAUGUUGGCCACAUGACAAUGAUUCGAGUUGUGUCCCAUACCAGCGUUCCUCUUUUGCUGAAAAACCCUGAUUAUUUUUUCAAGGAGGCAAACACUACUAUUUAUGUUAUUUGGGGCCCUUUCCGCAAUAUGAGAAAAGAUGGCAAUGGAAUCGUUUACAACAUGUUGAAAAAGACUGUCGAUGUCUAUCCGAAUGCCCAAAUUUACGUUACCACAGAGAAGCGCAUGAGUUACUGUGAUGGAGUUUUUAAGAAGGAAACCGGAAAAGACAGAGUCCAGUCUGGCUCUUAUCUCAGCACUGGGUGGUUUACCUUCAUUCUAGCCAUGGAUGCCUGUUAUGGCAUUCACGUCUACGGGAUGAUAAAUGACACCUACUGCAAGACAGAAGGGUAUAGAAGAGUCCCCUAUCAUUACUAUGAACAAGGAAGAGAUGAGUGUGAUGAAUAUUUUCUUCAUGAACAUGCCCCAUAUGGAGGACAUAGGUUUAUCACUGAAAAGAAAGUAUUUGCUAAAUGGGCCAAGAAACACAGGAUAAUAUUUACACACCCAAACUGGACAUUGUCUUGAUAUUCGUUUUCCUGAUCUUGCCACACCACUUGAUGUGAUUAUAAUAUUGCAACUGUGAUGCUAAUAAUGCUAUGAUGAUGAUGGUGAUGAUCAAGUUUGUGUAUGUUCUCAGAUAUGGAUGAUGACUCUGCCAGUAAUUUGAACUUGGGAUUCCGUGGAGGGUGGUUGUGAUCAUUAUGUUCUUUCUGAAGGUUCAACAUUACAUAUUGCACUUUAUAAUUUAACUGGAAUUGCAGUGAAGGCCAGUAACAUGACAGCAGUGACAUAAGAAAUGAGGAGAUUAUUCCACAAGAUAACUGCCCAGAAUUCUUGAACAGUGAGUAACUUCCCAGAAUUCUUGAACAGUGAGUAACUUCCCAGAAUUAUUGAACAGUGAGUAACUUCUUGAACAGUAACUUCUGGAUUUGACCUCCAGAAGCAAGGUUAUUGAUUCUGUGGUCUCUUGAAAUUCAGCAGUCAUACCACCUUGAAGAAUGUUUGAUUGUCAAACACUGACCCAAGAAAAGUUAUCAUGACAGAAUUAUCUUACCAGAGUUACUAGUUAGCCUGAGGGCAGGGAAGGAAUCCCUUCUUGACAUACCAUCAUCCUACAGUACUUCCUACAGCUAAAGCCUCAGGUCAUUUCUUAAUUAACAAUGAAGAUAUCAUGAACAUUUACCCAUAGGCUUACUUGAUUAUCUCAAACACUUAAUUCAAAAUGGGCCAAGUAGCAAAUCUUGAUGAAUUUCUUUUCUCACCACUCCAUUCUUACUACCCUAAACAUGUUACUAGAAUGAUCUAUACUAAUUUUUAGUUGAGUCCUAAAUAUUUCAGAAGCCCAUUUAAAAUGUAAUAUUUCAACACUGUAAAAACAUAUACUGUGAAAACAUUCCUUCAACAUAACUAAAAGGGUUUACUAACUUUGCUUCAAAAUCAAACAACACAAAAUUAUAUGCUUUUUAAACUCAUGAAACAGGGAAAACAAAGCAUAUUUUUACAUCAUUUUGUAUCCUACCGUACUUCAUAAUAUAUAUUUGUAUAUUCAAAUUUCUAUUUUAUAGGCCUCUCCAUACAUUACAUUAUCACUGCCAAGUGCCAACUGUUAGACAUGGAGAGGAAAUGAUUCCUUAUAUUAAAUCUGACAGAACUUUUGCCUUCUUGGGGUUUAUUUUCCCCACAGUGUAUCAGUUGUUAUACCAUAACAACAAUAAUAAUGACCUUAAUGUCCAAAGUGCUGUGUCAUUUAGAGCCCUUUCACAUAGGCUAUCCCCAUGCGAUGCCCAUGACCACCCCAUUUGUCUAUUGCCUAUGCAUUCUGACAUCUCCUUAGUAGAUGAUCUGUAAGUUGUUGAUUGCUCUGAUAUAUUGUUUCCCCUUGCUAAUAUUUGUAUAGAAUAGCAUUUAUGUAGACUAGUAACCAAUUAAUUUCGGUGCCAAAUACAAUAUAUUAUAUCAGAAUUAUGCAAAAAGUAUCACAGGGAUGGUCUUGGCCAUAGACUGAGAACACAGGUAUGUUUUUGUUUUUUAAUGCUUCUAUUUAGGUGGAGGAAAGAUGAGGAAGCAGGAAUAAUGGAAGGGAAUGAAAGCAGAGAAAUACGGUGGGUUUUUUUUGUUUUGUCCCAGUCUUGAAAUGACUCUGUUCUUCAUAUAUUUACUGCUCAUUAAAUAUUAGAGGGUUGAUUUGCCGAGAGACCAAAACCAUCCUUGCAAAUGAUUCAAAAGACAAAAGCUACACUUAAUUUACAGAAUGGUUUGGAAGCCCUAAGUAAUGAUGCAUUUCACCUCAGGAGCAGUUUGCAGGUCUUUACCAGUGCUAAGUCCCAUCAUUAGUCAUCAUUAAAAUGGGCUAUUUUGGGCAAAAGCCUCUUUCCUGCUCUCUUCUGCCAUUUGGAUAUCCCAGUACUCAUAUCCAUAAAAAUGGCCAAGUGCCAGUUCCAUUGUUGAAAUUAUUAUUGUUAUUCUUUCGUUGUUUCCUUAUCUGGUUUUUAGUUUAUGUGUGUUGUUUCCAGCUAAUGAUAGAUAGAAAUGCCCACUCCAAGAAAAAUAAACAUAUACAAAUGUUAAAAUUGUAAUACAAACUGUCCCUUCCACAUACACAUUGUGAUACAAAGUUUCAUUUUUAAAUAAAAAAGAAACCUUGAUUAUCAGAAUGCUUCAGGGAAUGACAUAAUUUAUUUAGUUUUCUGGUAAAUGGAGGGUCAAUUCUAUUUGUUUUAGAUCACACUAAUGAAAAACUUUUGAAAACUUUCUUGUUCUCAUGCCUCAGACUUUACUGACACUUUCUCUGAUGAAGAAGACUUUUGCAGUGUCCUCCGUCCCUCACUCUGUGGCAGUAAUUGUGUGUAGAAUAGACAGUGUUUUCUUUGGAGGGGCCAGAGAAGUCUUCCUUCCCCUCUGCUCCCCCCCCUCCCCUUGCUUUCCCUCCUCUUCCUUCCCCUUCCCUUUCCUCCCUUCCCACGCCUUUUUUCCUUAACUAAACCCUAGCUUCUACACUUUUUAUUGUUGUUGUCUCGUCUUUUUUUUUCUUUUUUUUUUUUUUGUCCUAAAACUUGGAAACAAAAAACACAUUAUUCCCAAUUUGGAGACCUAAUUAGAUGAUUUCCAGUGUAAUCAGCAUUUUGAAAGAAUUGCAUGACUUAUUUUUCUCAGCAGUCUUAAUGUUCUCUGCGUCCAUUUCCUGUUCUUUACCCUCAGCUUCCUAAUUAUAGUGGAAAUACAAAAUCUAAUUUCUCCCACGUUGAGGAGAAAUCUAAGAUUUACUGAUAGGGAAGAGAAUGGUAAAGGAAAAAUUCAAGAGAGUACUUUGACAUGCAAAUUUCUGAUCAAUGCCACAUAUUCUAGUUAACUGAAAAAGAUUUCAUCCAGCAUCAAAACAGUAGAAAAUUUAACCACACUCACUAAUCGCUAUUGUGAAUGUAUCCCAGAAGUUAAUUAACAUCUGCAAAAAUAAAAAUAUUUCCAUACCA